UCUCUUCAUAGCCAGUGCAAUUAUAAACUGGCAAUGACCAACAUACCAUUUUAGAAGGAGAGAGAGGAUAUAAGUAGAUUUUAUUUUCCUUUUUGUAUUUUUAAAUAAUUAGGGAUAUAAAUAGUUUAUCAGUAUGCUCUCAGAGUGGCCACCCAACUUUCUUUUUUUCUGUCAUUAUCUUCUUCUUGCUUUCUUCUGCUUCUGUAGAAAGAAAAACAAGAGAGAAGAUCAAAUCUAUGAUCUUUUAGGUAGGCUACCAAGAACCCAUCAAUAACAACAACUAGAAGAAGAAGAUUAUAGAUUGUUUUGGUAGUAUCAGUUAAUGCACUAUUACCAAUUAUUCACCCAUAAGACUAGUUGUUGCAGUAGGAUUAUGGAUUUUGGGAACAAAUCUUGUGUCUUCCUGAUUAACAAUUACUUGUUUUCUCUUGCUUCUCGUAUUUCUUAUUCUUUUUCUUCAUUUGGGUUUUCUGAUUGUUGCUUUCAAGUAAAAUCAUCAUCAUCAUCUUCCUUCCACGCUUUGUCUUUUGGAAGUGAAUUUCCAGAGCCCAGCUCCAUGAAAUCUAGUUUCAACUUCUUCGCCUCCAAAUUUGCUACUGCUUUUUUGAUUUUUCUUUAAUUUCUCUCUUUCUCUCUCUACAGUUGUAUGAUUUAUUCUAGUAUAGACAGCCAAGCCCGUAUCACAUUGUUUUCUUUGAAGCAAUUCAUCGCGCUCUCUCUUUCUCUCUCUAAUAGAUGAACUAAUAAACACCAAAGAUGACCCUUUUGUUCUGUAAUCCGUUAAUGGCUUCUACUGCUGCUUCAACUGUCAGCAGGUCAGCGAUUCCUACUGAUCUUCGACUCAUCAGGUAUGAUCAUGAUCAACGUUGGAUGUGGAUGAGAAGGACAAGGACCCUUUUCCCAUGGACUAGGAAUGGGACUGCUAUUGUUUCAGUUUCAGCUUCAGCUUCCUCUCUCUCUACCAAUCAGAUCACCAGGGAUGACUCCCGCCUCAAUAUUUAUCAGGAGGUUGUCAAGUCUGCAAGGGAAAAGUUCACUGAGGAAAUCUCCUUUCAAUCGAAGGACAAAGACAUCUCUCUUGCAAAGGCUUUGCUGUAUAUUGCAGCAGAGGAUGAGGCAUUUCUUGCUUUUAAUAGAGAGAUGGAUGCACGCUCGCUUAUAAAUGAAAGGAGAACUGCAUCAGUCCCAGUGGACGAACAGGAGUGGGAUUGUGUGGAGCAAAUGCCUUUGGCUGGAAAGAACAUAACUAGGUGGCUGAGUGAGUUGGAUGCCAUUGCCAAAGAAGUUGAAGCAGAGCUAGUUUCAAGAGAUAUAGGCUGCCAUUUCGUUGAAGUGUUGGAUGCUGUAAAUGUAGUUCUUUUUGAGUUAAGAGGCUUCAAAAGGUCACCUGUUGUUGUAGACUCUAAGUAUUCAUACUUGCACACCGUACUCAGUACUGGAUGUGGCAGUGCAAUUUUGCUUAGCAUAAUUUACAUUGAAGUUUGUAGAAGACUCAGUUUGACCAUUGUGGGAUCUCGAGUUGGGGAGGAUUUUUUGAUAUGGCCCCAAACCGGGAACCUAGAGGAGCUCUUCAAGGUGACUUCAGGGCACAGCUUGUUUGCAAUUGUCAAUGGAAGGUGCGUAGAAGAUCCUAGAUCAAAGGCAUCAGAUUUGACUAGCAACUCGCUUUUGGGGCUUGAGAUAGCUACAAAGCGAGACAUUAUUGGGAUUUCUUUAGCCAAUUUGAUUAGGCUUCAUUGGAAACGUGCUUCGAGAUCAAAUCACGGAUUGAUGCUGACGUCUCCACUUAGGCAUGUUCAUGUUGCUGAUGAGAAACAUAACAUGAUUCAUAGUUCCACCGUUCCUUUGCUUCGGCCACGAGAUCUUAGGCUGGCCAUAAUGGCUUCGGAAAGAUUGCUGAUCUUGCAGCCACAUAAUUGGGCUUUAAGAAGAGAUCAUGGCAUGAUGUUAUACUAUAACAGGGAAUACGGAAAGGCGGUGCAAGAGCUAAGUAUCUGUAUGGCCUUCGCUCCAGAAGAAGAGGCAGAAAUCUUAGAACCCUUUGUUGAGAAAUUGCACUUGUUGCGGCUCGAAUCGUCAUGGAAAUCUAUGGGACAUGCUGGUCACCUUACAGUUCCUUGAUCUUAUUUGUAAAUAUUGUGCCCUGUCUCUCUCCUUUUUGUUCUUUCUCCAUGUGGCUUUGCUUUGAUAAUCAUGUAUCGCUGCGAGAAAUUUAGCAUGUACUUGAAUGCUCUGCUUCAAAAAUAUUCGAAUUGAAUGGUUUUGAGCAUGCUUUUGAAAAA